UUUGUAUAUUUCUUGAUUAAUAACUUAAAAUGGAAAAGUAUCUUAUGUUCGUUUUUCUUCUUCUUCUUGUGACUCCUAUUGCUGAAGGCACCACAAGUGGGAUAAUAGAGUCCUUAAAAAAUUGGAAGUGUGUUUUACGCAAAGAGAAUGGAAAAGAUGCGUAUUGUUGUACUAACCCGGCUCAUAUAAUGUGUUAUAUUGGGAUUGGGAAUAAGGACUUGUGUGAUCGUGCAUGCAAUAGGUUGGGGUGGAGCAUAGACUGAUUUCUAAUAGAUACAUUUAAACGAGUCUUUCAAUGAUAGUCCACUAUUUACAUUUGUGAUUAACUUAUGC